AGAAGUGUAAUAAUUAUUGACAACUAUGGUGACCAUGAUUAUAGGUAAUAUCUACUGUCCUACUGAUAUACACUUGUAAUAAACCCUGGAUUGGCAAACACAAGGAGACACAUUCGUUGCAAACUCUGCAAAUCACACAGAUGAACAAAAUAAGCAUCAUAUAUAGUUGAUAUCAUGGAAAGGUUGGGAAAUGCCUUCAGAAGGUUACGAAGGGUGUUUAGAAGAAGGAGAAGAAAUGAAGCCAGGGAUCCCCGGGUUCAAACAACAGAGGAAAUAGAUGGAGUUGUGGUUGCCGCUUCAAGAUCAAAUGAUCAACAACCAGUGAUAAUAAACAACCCAAAUGAAGUUUACUUUUACAACCGACCCCCACCAACCAAUGUUGAUGUUCAAACACUUGUUGAAGAAUUAAUAAGAAUAUUAAGCAAAAUAAUAAAAGAACUUCGUGGGGAAGCCCUCUUGCCAGCGGGAGUUUUAGUUCCAGGUCGUAUCACCAAGCCUGUUCCACUUCUAAUAACCAAGGUCCGACAAAUAUUAGAUGAUGAAUGGAAGCUACAUAGAAACCAACGUAAGGACUUGCAACAAAUGUACACACCAGAAGGUUCUAUACUGAUUGAGGAACUGUUUGAUUUUGCAAAACAAGUGGCUCAACAAGAAGCAGACAAGAUGUGUAAUACACCUGAAGCCAAGGCCAUGCAUGUAGUAAAGUAUGGUAACAUUGUUUGUGCAGUUGGACUACCUGGGGUUGGUAAAAGCACUCUUUUAAAGAUGUUGAUCAACUGUAUUGUUGUAGAUAAAUCAGUGAAACCAGAUACACAGUUUUUGUUCCACGUCUCACUGAAGAAAUUUAACCCAAAGAAGAAAGUUACUCUGUUAGAAUUUCUUCUAUAUGGCAACUUGAGUGAGUGGAAUCAUUCUGAUGAAGAGAACAAAGCUUUGGUUCAUUUCCUGUACAACAAUCCAAAUGUUGUUAUUUUGAUUGAUGGAUGGGAUGAACUGUAUACAAAACAAGCCAACAAAAGGCUCCAUGAGUGUCAACUGGAUAGCAAGCAAAUACCAGAGGUCUUUGUCAAGAACUUGUUGAUGGGGAAUCUUCUACCUAAUGCUGUGAAAUUUAUCACAUCAAGACCAGGUCAGUUUUACGAGCUUCACCCUGAUUAUCGACAAGGUUUGGUUUCUGAGGUGCGUGGUAUGGAUAAACCUGCAAAGUGGGAUCUUACUAAACAGAUGUGUGGUGAAGCCAAUCUUGAAACUGUGGAAAAAUAUUUGGCAGAUCGUCCAAACUUGGAUGCUUUGUGUUCAAUUCCAGUCAACUGUAUUCAGAUUGUAGCUUGUCUCCAUUCAAGCGUGUCAUCUGGUCGUGAGAUCAACUCAAUGACUGAUGUGUUCAUUCAUACUCUUACCAACUACAAAGCUUCAGAUCAUGUAAAAACAAACAUGUCAGAACGAGCAAUUGGACAGGAACUGGUUAAACUUGCUCACCUUGCAUACAAAGGGCUCACCGAAAGAAAGUUGGUGUUUCAGCAAGCUGACUUUGAAGAAGUAAGAAUCAACAAACAAACUGUUGAUAUAUUUCUGCACACCUAUGUUGAAAAGUCCCAUCAUUUAAAAAUGAGAAUCUUGGAAGGAAAGAAACGAAGUUACUUCACCCAUCUCACCUCGCACGAGUUUUACGCCGCUUUGCACUUAAUGUUGUUCAUGUCACAAGAAGAAUUCCGCAGAUGUAUGGACACUUUCAAAGAUCCACAUUGGGAAGUCGUGACCCGAUUUUUAUUUGGUAUUUGUAACUCCACUUCAUAUGAAGAUCUGAAAGUGAUUUUCCCAGCUUCGAUGAUUAAAGAUUACAAGGAGAAGAAGAAUAUUCUCAAGUCUUUAAUUUUACUUAAACAUGAUACAAGUAAAGAUGUGAUCAGAUUGUCAGGUUGGGUACAUGAAGCCAACGAUGCAGAAAUAUCGCAAAGGUUUCAAGAGUGCAUGCCACAGCUUAUAAGCACAUCACUUAGUUAUCCCACAGAAGCCUCUGAUGUUGUGUUCGCAUUCCGCACCUUCACAACUCCUCACUACCUGGACCUCAACAUGGAUGGUUUAGAUGAAGCUUCAGCUGAAACUUUGCUUCGAGGAUUGCAUGGAAGUCAAACAAAGAUCAAAGAAUUAGGUAUCAAAAGGGUGCGCAUGACAGAUUCAACGACACAAGCCCUUCUUCCUCAUCUUGUUGUGAUGGAUAAGCUUGGUUUGGGAUCUUGGCUCGAUGUCAUGAACCUGAACCCCUACAUGGAAGAUAUAUCCAGGAAAAUAAUGGAUCGGCAAAACAAAAUACAGCUUUAUAUAGUUGCAUCACUGGAUGAGAAUGCUACACACUGGUUAACCCGGUGUCUUUCUAAUGUGAGUGACUUAACAAUAAGUGAGGAGAAACUUUCUGCACAAAAUCGUAUCAUCUUACAUGAGGCUGUUGAACGACUAACAAACCCACAAGGUUUGACAGUGAAUGACAUCAAUGGUGAUCGAUGGCCAAAGUAUUGGGAAUUGUGUGGAGAUCAACCAGAUGAUGAUGUAAUGCAAAUCUUACAACUUCCACUUGGAAAAGUAAGAACCAUGANAAUAUUCAGUUAGAUUAUCAAACA